AUUGAAAACCGUUCACCGCUUUCUGGAACUCAACAGUGUAAUGGAAUCAGAACAUGAAAAAUCUGAGACUCCAAACUUCAAAAGACCCUUAAAGAAGAAGUGUGAAAAUGCAAAAAGGUUUACUGAUGAGCAAGUGAAGUUACUUGAGUCCAUGUUUAAACUAGGGACAAAGAUCGAGCCAAGAGAGAAGCUGCAGUUGGCAAGGGAUCUCGGGCUGCAACCGCGCCAAGUAGCAAUUUGGUUUCAGAACAAAAGGGCUAGAUGGAAAUCGAAGCAAUUGGAACACGAAUAUCGGAUACUUCAAUCAAAAUUUGACCAUUUAAAUACACAAUUCGAAUCCUUGAAGAUAGAAAAGGAGAGGUUACUCAUUGAGUUGGAGACACUAAAUGAUCAGCUAGGAAACAAACUCGCUCGAGGCAGCAAAAGCCAAGAUUCAAGAGACAGUGAAUUGCACACAAGUCCAGAAAAUGGAUUUACAGACUUAUUAGAGUUGAAACAUUGCGCGGGUUGUUCAAAUUCAAGAUUCGGACACAAAAGCGUAAAUGAAGAGGAUGAUGAAACAACAGAAGAAACAGACAAACACUUCACUCCCAAAGAAGAAGCAGAGUUUUGGAACCUGGAUGAAUUAGGAGACAACAAUUCUUUAGAACACUGGUGUGUUGGUUUAGGUAGCAUCUCCAAUUCCAAGUUGUGGGACUUUUAAUGAGCCCCACAAUUGUACAUAACUUUCUCAAAAUGUUCCUUCCCUUUUCGCCAUUAAUAGAGCCAGAGUAGUACGUAGAUUAGGAGGAAUCUAUAUCUCAGAUAUAUCUGUUUUUCUUCCUUUUCAUUGUGCCCAGAGAAUCAGAAUGUAGCUUUAUUAAAAUGAUUCGAGUUUUAGAGUCGUCGUAGCAGAAUAACCGAGGCUUUGCUUGUGAAUUUAUGAACAAGAUGCAUGAUUUAAA